GUGAAGCAAUGAGCUCCGGCUGCAGCUGAAGAGUCACUUUCCGCACCAAGUGGAGGGACAAGAACUUAAGUGCAGACAUGAGUCAAGCCUUGGAUAUUGAGUAUUGUGAUCUCGACAUUAAGAGCAACACCAGUAGCCACCAUACUGACCUGUGUGGACGGGAGCGUUUGAUUGUAAGAAGGGGACAGCCCUUUAAUAUCAUUUUACAUCUGAAACCUGGCAGCAAAGAGUUCAAACCGGGUGACACAAGCUUCACACUCAUCGUUGAAACUGGUCCGUUACCCAGAGCAGAAUCAGACACCAAAGUUUCUUUUGGUCUGCGUGACCCCACAGUGGACAGUGAAUGGAGCGCAUCUGCUUCUCAUGGUCCCUCCGGAAACACGGUUAAUGUUUCUAUUGAUUCCUCACCCAACGCCCCCAUAGGGGUCUAUUAUCUGACUCUGGACCAGGACGGGCAGAAGACCAGUUUAGGACAGUUCACCCUGCUUUUUAAUGCUUGGUGCUCCAGAGAUGCUGUUUACAUGCGCAAUGAGUCGAAGAGGCAGGAGUAUGUUUUGGCACAAUGUGGACAGAUAUACAGAGGAACACAUAAACGGAUCAAAGGGAAACCUUGGAACUUUGGACAGUUUGAACCAGGAAUACUGGAUAUUUGUCUGAAGCUCAUGGAUGAAAAUCCUAAAUUUGUCUCUAACGCCGACGAGGACUGCUCUGCCAGGAGAAAUCCCAUUUAUGUGACCAGGGUGCUGAGUGCUAUGAUCAACAGUAAUGAUGACAGAGGUGUGCUGGUGGGAAAUUGGGGAGAGAUUACUGAUGGGGUUCAUCCAGGAAAGUGGAUCGGCAGCGGUGACAUUCUUCACCAGUGGGCAGAAAGUGGCUCCGUCCGCUACGGCCAAUGUUGGGUCUUUGCUGCUCUCGCAUGCACAGUGUCCCGUGCCCUGGGUAUCCCAUGUCGGGUGGUUACUAACUUUGGAUCCGCUCACGAUACUGACGCCAACCUGAUGAUAGAAAACCUGUAUGAUGAAAACGGUGAACCAAUGUCUCAUGGUGAUUCAAUAUGGAACUUCCACGUUUGGGUGGACAGCUGGAUGAGCCGCCCUGAUUUGGGAUCAGAGUUUGAUGGGUGGCAAACCAGUGACCCAACUCCACAGGAGACAAGUGAAGGUGUUUUCUGUUGUGGACCGUCCUCUCUGAAGGCCAUCAAGGAAGGAGAACUGACCAAGAAGUAUGAUGCUCCCUUUAUUUUUGCUGAGGUUAAUGCAGAUGUUGUGGACUUGGUCCGCCUGUCAAAUGGAGAGUUUGUCAAGUUUAGUGGAUCAACUAAAUCUGUUGGACGCUUCAUCAGCACCAAAGCUGUGGGCUCAGAUAAGAGACACGACAUCACACACCAGUACAAGUAUCCAGAAGGCUCAAAGGAGGAGAGGCAGGUGUAUGAGAAGGCACAACACCACAACAAGGUCCAGCAGCGAGGAGAAGAGCCGGGGCUGCGUCUCAAGAUCAAACUGGCUAAUAACAUGAUUGUGGGAUCAGACUUUGAGGUGCACGCUGUCCUCACUAACAACUGCCUGGAAGCAAAGAUCUGCACCUUCCUGUUCUUCGCCAAAGCUGGUGGCUACAACGGAAGAAAAGGAGAGAGCUGCGGAUAUACAUCGGACAAAGUGGAGGUGCCCUCUGGAGAAGAAAGGCACCUGUCCCUAAAACUGGAGUAUGACCGUUAUGGAUCAGUGAUCAGCCCCGACAGGUUGAUCCAGCUGUCAGCCAUCACCAUCGACAAGCAGAUUAUACAUUACCACAAGGUUGAGAAGACCAUUGUGCUGGACGAGCCAGAGAUAGAGGUCAAGCUGGUGGGAGAAGCCACGGUGAACCAGUUAGUGACAGCAGAGCUGAGCAUGUUGAACCCUUUACCAGAGCCGGUGCAGGACUGCAGCUUCACUGUAGAGGGGGUCGGCCUCACUGACGGCAAACCCAUAACAGCGAGGAUUGGAACUGUGGGCCCCUUACAGGACGCUAAGGCCAGCGUUGAGUUCAGUCCCACGAGUGCCGGCUCCAACGUGCUGUUGGUGAACUUUGAUAGUGACAAACUGAAAAACAUCAAUAGUUUCAUUAAUGUUGUUGUGAAGGAAUAAGCAGCUGCCAAAGUCUAAUUGAUUAAUUGGACAAUAGUCAGUGAGAUUACAGGACUGAGACUAUAUAAUUGUUAAUCUACUCAUCCAUAUGUUGUACUAGAACAUACCAUACUAUUAUAGGACACACCAUCAAAAUAUUUUCCAGAGUAAUUUCAUCACGUAACACACGAUGAUCCAUUUCCAGUUACUGAGAAACAAAUUGACCACCAUUUAAAUGUAUCAAUAAAGCCACUGCUACUAAAGUAGAGCAUUUGUAUGUUGAAGGGAGCAGUGCUUCCUCACCUCUUUUUAGGAAACAUUUUGUCAUUGAUGAUGAAGAAAAAAAUCAAAUAAGCUGACUACGAAUAUAAAUUUGCCAAAUAUAAAUCUUGGUGGUAUUUGUUGUCUUGUGGUGUGUUUGUGUAGCUGCAUACAGAGUGAAAAUAAACUCUCAGCGGAAAGACAUUGUCAUCUCGUACAUAUACCUCAUAGUAUUUUAUAUAAUAGGUAGAGUGGUCUUCUCUGGUAUCAUGUCUUCAAUAAAACCCUGACUGGAAAUG